AUGUCGAUCUUUGAGUUAAAUAAUGACCUUCACCUUACAAGACAACGUUGCCAGGUUUUCUCUGUGACUCUGACUCAUCAACUUUUGCUCCUCCUGGUCACGCUGUCAUGCCUGAUAUUUACCACGAUGUGUGGUGUACAACAUAUACAAAGAGGAAGCAGUGGGGCUGAGCUGACCAUGUUUGAAUCUUUCUACUUUGUGAUCGUGACUUUCAGCACGGUCGGGUACGGGGACAUUUCCCCAGACACAUGGCUAGGGCAGCUCUUUAUGACGUGUAUGAUCGGACUUGCCUUCGCCUUUAUACCCAGACAGGUAGAAGGAGUAACUUCAGCACUUUACGAGAUCCGCACAACAGGUGGGGAGUACAGUGAACGGAAUGCACAUGGACAGCAUCACGUUGUAUUGUGUACCACGGGUAUAACAGCAGAACAUUUACUUAAUUUCCUGAUAGAAUUCUACGCCCACUCACAUCUUGAGUACCACACAGUGGUGCUGUUAAGUACGGAACGAAGAGACAUGGGACUAAAAAUACUCCUGAAAGAUCCGAAAUGGUCGUAUCGAGUCAUAUAUAUACAAGGAUCUGCGCUCAUUGAUGUUGAUUUACAGAGAUGCAGAUUGACUGAGGCAGAUGCCUGUUUUAUUCUACCACCUCCAGUGUUCGACAACAGACAACAAACUGUAACUAACAUUUACAACAAACUUGCAUUAUUGGUUAAACAUUUUGUAUAUCUGGUCACUGUCACAUUCUUGACACCAGUGACCGUAUCUGGUCACUGUCACAUUCUUGACACAAGUGAUCGUAUCUGGUCACUGUCACAUUCUUGA